AUGAAGCUUUUGAUCGUGCUGUCCGCCUGCAUUGCCGCUGCCAGUGCCGCUCCACAGUACUACGGAGCCCAUGGGUAUCCAUACGCUUUCGCUCCGGCACCAGUUGCUCCGGUAGCGCCAGUCGUCAAGUAUGCUGCUCCGGUUCCGGAUCCGGUCUACUCGUACUAUCAUCCCGGACCGGCUGUCCAUGCGGUGGCUCCGGCAUUCCACGCUGCCGCACCGGCUUUCCAUGCCGCAGCUCCAGCUCCGGCCAUAGUGAAGGCUGCCGUUCCGGCCGCUACCAGCUAUGCCACCUUCCAUCAGGUUCAUACCCCGGUUGUGGCCGCAGCUCCAGCUGCUGCCCUGGUUAAGUACACAGCUCCGGCGCCCUAUGUGGUUCAUGCUGCCUCGGCGCCACUGAUCAAAUACCCAUGGUAA